AUGAUAGAGCCGAAGAGCAUACAUGAGCGACAGCGCGCUCAUGAUGCUCCAGCACAAGAGUGGUCCGAACCAUCGCCAACGACAGCCGCGUCCAGUACCCCCGGAAAGAAGUUCGCUAAGGAUCAAGGUUCAUACACUGAAAAACGAAAGUCGCUCCGUCCAGACCCCCCUGUCGCAGCUUCGAACCAGAGUGGUCAGGACUCGGAUACCGAUGACCAGUAUGAAAUACCGCAUCCGUAUGCGCAGAAACGAAAGCUGCCGGCGUAUUUUCCACGUGAGAAUCGAGAAGAACAAAUGAUGCAAAACUCGAAUGGAACAAUGCGUCGAACUGGUUUAGUGUCACCGUCCUCUCAUCUACCCACUUUUACGAGAACCUCUCGAAUCGCCACUCGUGAUGGAAAGCCGAGAGAACUAGAAAUCUCAUUAAACUGCGACGAAGAUGUGCAUCGACGUUCUCAUACGGAAGAUGCUGAAAUUAACGACUUCGAGGAACUACUGCUCGAGAUACUUUGUGAAAAGCUUAAAGAUCCUAUCAUCUAG